AUGAAUAUUUUCUCAGAACUGUCAACAAUUACAGCGGAUGAUAAGAUAAAUCCAACAACAAGCGAACGUGUAGUAAAAACAACUGCAUCUGAUGAACUUGGAGGUGAAGCCAAAAAGGUUAUGGUUGCUCAUCACUCACACGAAAAUAAAAUUUCGAGUACUGUUCCAAAAUCUUUUGAUCAACCAAAAUUCGUUAGUGCAGCUAUUAUGGCUAGUAGUGUUCGUACAAGCGUUCAAAUGAUACCUGAAAUAUCAGAUGAGGAAUUACUUGCGAUGGCAAUUGAGUUCGAGAAAAAAUAUCCUCAAUAA